UCCCAAGCACCGGGUUACUUCAUACUUGACCGCACUUUUAGCUAAUGACAUGCAUGUCGCGUCAAGCAUCAGCAGGAGUUGCACUAUACCAGAUUGAUCAAAGGCGUUUUUGCGGUACGUUACAAGGGCAUUAUGGCGUAAGUGAUUGGAAAUCAUCAUUCUUGUUUCUGACUACUACUAGUUCAGGAAUAUCAACCUAUCAUACAACAGAAGAAGUGGUGUCUAAUAAAGCAAUUCUUUUUCCAAGACUACCAUGAAGCUUGCCUGUCUCCGAUGUAAACGCAAGAAAAUCAAGUGCGACAAAGGCAAUCCGAUCUGCCAUCAGUGCAUUACAGCCUCAACAACAUGUCAAUAUGUAGAGCGACGUCGACGACCUCGGUUGACACAGCAGAGAGAAACUGUUCCAUGCCUGAACUACCGACUAGAACUGCUCGAGAAGCAGAUCGCAAAUUCCGGCACUGGGGAGCAGCGAUCUCCAUUUUCACCGUUGACAGUCCCAUCAGGACCAGUCAAUGAAGACACAUCUAUGAUAACUCCCUCAAGCAGAGCGUUCAUGAACGAUAACGCCCAAGAGUCUUGGAUCUAUCGUAUGGCCACCGACGCGAGGCGCAAAUUUCAGAGUCAGACAACUCCAGUCAGCACACCAACCCCUCGUAUCGACGAUGAGAUGUCAUCUUUGAACGAUGCUCUCAAGGACCUGGGCAAUCUCAAGAUUCGACCCGACCUAACCGCGACCAAAAUCAACCUUGAUCUCUCCACUGGAGAGCUGCGGCAGUGCGUCGACAUUUUCGUUGAUCACAUGGGCACCAUGGUCGUACCGGAUAUAUUCGCUACAGCUCUCGAUGUCAAUCUAAUUCGUAUGCUUCCUGACAUUGUCGAUUCUCCAUACGUCAGGGUGGAUCCAAGCGCAUACGUCAUGUAUUAUAAUGCUGUUCAUUAUGGCCUUUACCAACUCCGCGGCCCAGGAGAUGCGCGUACGCAAGAAGCUUAUCUGAGUUUGCUCAGAGCUGUACCUACUUGGCUUGAUGCCAAUACUGAAACAGACAUGGAUGGGUACACUGCGGCGCUGACUUCAUGGACUGCAAUCAACAAUCUCGACUACCAGUUGUCUUGGAAGUUUCAUUGCAAGUCUUGCCACUUUAUCAAAGUUCGAGGUAUUGAUGACCUCGAUGUGGCACCUGCGCGAAAUUUUGAGGAAGAGAAUGCAAGAGAGGCUACUCGAUACCUAUAUUGGCACAUUCUCUCUACAGAUUGUUUGUUUCGACUCUUCUUCGGAAAACCUACUGUUCUAUCAUGGUCGCCGAACAAAGUGAGGCCGCCAGCCGUAUUUACGCAUCGCAAUGUGCAUCCAUCCGCCUCACAGGUGAUGAUAGCGGUCGUUUGGGUACAAUACACUCUGAGGACCGUGAAGAUAAUCAACUACCUUGACAGUCACGGCCUCGAGCACUGUGACACCAGUGUGGUUCAAAAAGUCAAUGACUUCUGUACACAGCUUGAAGAUUUAAUGGCAGAGUGGGACAUGGAGGCCCGUAUGAAAGCCGAAAGUUCAUCACAUGCUCUUCGAUGCCUUAUCGCAGAUCAUAUCAUGAACAUCUACGCCAUCAUCAUUGGAAUUAAACGACUCGCGAGGCCGACAGAUCCUGCUAUCGUCCAUCCCAUCAUUCUCCGCGCUGCACGAAAAAUGGUCGCCACUCUUCUCUACUUCGAGGGCAUCCCCGCCCUUCCUGAUACGACCAAGUUUACCUUUGCUCAUUUCAUAAGCUUCUAUCCAUUUUGCGCGGUCUUCUCACUGUACGAACAUAUUCUCGCCUGUACCGACCCAGAAGAUUGUGAGCAAGACGUGCAAUCCUUGGAAAGUAUCGGCGACGCCAUGGCAAAUAUCUGCGCCGUACGCUUGGACUUCACGCCGUUCGCAAAGACUAUCAUGGCCUUAAAUAAGGUAUCGAGGGCUAUACAAGACGAGCGUCGGAACCAGAGAACCGAUGUCGCGUCCACGGAAAUAGUUGAUCAUCUCGCAAACACCCAACAGCAGUUCCAGAACCUGGCCAACUAUAUACCGACAUUCGAUUCCCCAGCGUUUGGGGUAUUCUCCGAUUUUCCGAUGAACAUGGAGGGUGAUAUGGCUCCACUAGACUUUGUGAGAGCGCUAGAGAAUGAUCUGAUUGGGAAGAAUUGGCAUGAGAAUCGGUGGGAUAUGGAAGGUGGUAUGUCAGGUAUGUGAAGAAAUCUUAAUUCGCGAUCCUGCCGUGAAAGACCAGUCAGUAUCUGCGUAUACUACAGGUGAGGCAAAUGCCUUGCGUCACAAGGCUGAACUAGUCUCUUAUUGAUCAUAGGUGCGUCAAGGCUCCAUUUGUCUUCGUUUUGGAUCACGAUGCUCAGAGCGAAGGAAGAUAACAAUGGCAAUGAACUGAUUCAGAUGUUUCAUCAUGCAUCCGAAGAGGGGUCGACGUGGAG